CCCUCCUCCCCUUUUGAGGAACCGUCUGCCUAAAUACAGGGAGAGCCUCCUCUUGAUCAGAAUCACUGUGUCUGGUUACUAACAGGCUGGCAGAGAAAUCAAACCCGUUUCCCCCAAAGGAUUUACUACAAAGCAAAACCUUGAGGGCAGUGAGAAAAUACCCUAAGAAAUACCCAAGGAAAUACCCAAGCCCUCAAAUACAGUCUGAGUUAGACUAACAGUACGUGAGCAGUAGACAGGCGACAGGCAGAGAGCCCCGUGAUUGACUGAGCUUUUGGAUCACACACACAUAUCUGCCAAGAUGUGGAAGAAGUCAAAGGUCACAGACCAGACGGCCACUGGCCAAGGAGGCCCUUCAGAGGCUGAACAGGAAGAAGAGAAAAAAGCUGGCAUCAAGAAGAGGUCCAAGGUCCCUGGGGUCAUGAUCACGCAGUUUAUAGAGGUUCUACCGGAGGGCAAGAGCACCCCAGACUUCCUUCGCAAACCCAUUGCUCUAACCAUUCAAGAGGGUAAAUUAGCCAUUUUCAAAGCCAAUGUGUGUGGGGAUCCCAAACCAGAGGUGACUUGGGGAAGAGCUAAGGGGGAUAUGUCAGACACUGAAACAUUUCAAAAGAAAUAUGAUGAAGCUACUGGUGAAUAUACUUUAGAGAUUCACAGAGUGUCUGGGGAGGAGGCAGACACUUACAAAUGCUAUGCUAUCAAUGAAUAUGGCAAGGCUAUUUGCACAGCAGCAUUGAAUGUGAUUGAGGUUGGAUUCAAGAAGAAGAAGGCCAUGGAGCAGUUAGAAGACAUAGGUUCAGUAGAUCCAGCAGAGUUCAGGAAAUUGCUCAGAAAAAGGAAGGGAGUGGACAAAGAGGAAGCUGUGAAAGAACCUGGAGAAAUCGAUGAAAGGUUCUGGGAAAUCAUCAUGAGUGCAGACAGGAAGGACUAUGAACGAAUCUGCGCUGAGUUUGGUGUCAAAGACUUCCGUGUAAUGCUGAAGAAACUCAGUGAGAAGAAAAAGGAGAGACAGGAGGAACAGGCCAAGUAUAUUGAGACCAUCAAUAACCUGAAACAUAUUGAUAUUAAAGGACUAGGCAUUGCUUCGUUUGAGUUUGACCUUGAGCUCAAAGACCUCACCAGUAGGAUUUUCCUCUACAAGGAUGGUGUAAUGAUUCCCUAUAGUGAUGAAGAAGAAAUGAAACACAGCUUAAAGACUGUUGGGAAGAAGUUAAUCUUCAGUGUGCGGGACCUUAAGGCAGAGGAUGCUGGGCUCUAUCAGGUGGAUGUUGAGGAGGUCAAUCUGUUCUCUACAGACUUCAAGAUUCCCACAGUGGAUUUCAUUGUCAAGAUCCAGGAGGUGAAGGCCAAAGAGAGAGAGGAUGCUAUGUUUGAGUGUGUCCUGUCACAUCCCUGGCCCAGAAUCAAAUGGAUGGGCAAGAAUGCCACUCUGGAGGAGGGAGAGAAAUACACUAUAACUGUAUCAGAAGACAAGCUGAUCCACAGACUGCUAAUAAAGGACUGUAGCCAGCUGGACAAGGGCAUCUACUCUGCUGCGGCAGGAAUCAAGACAUGCAGUGCCUGGCUGAUAGUGGAAGCUGACAGCGACCCUGCUUCCCAUGGUAAAAAGAAGACCCGUAAAACAACCCAGGCUGGUGGAACAGGGUUGGAUCUGGGGAAACUGGCUCAAGAGCAGCAGGAAAAACUGGCGAAGGAAAGGCAGGAGCAGAUCGACGCUGCAAACAAAGCCAGAGCGGAGGAGGAGAGGCUUGCCCGAGAGGCACUCCUGGCACCCCCUCCUCCUGAUACUGGGGAUGGAGACAGUGGGGAAGGCGGAGACAGUGGGGAAGGCAAAGACACCGGAGAUGGAAAAAACAAGUCUAAAAGUGGAUCAAACAAAUCCAAAGAUGGUGGAAAAUCAGUUGGCAAAUCAGUUGGCGAAAUGAAAGACUCUGAAAAGGAAGAAGAUGACAAGAAGAACAAGAAAUCCACUGAUGAUUCUGACAAAGGCAAAGGAACAUCAAAUUAUGAUAUUGACCCAAACGCAAAUGGGGAAGGCGAUGGAGACAGUAAGGGACGUAAGGGCCAUCCUGGUCCACUUAUACCAGACGCAGUCAUUGGUUCUUCUCUCCACAACGAUGCUGAGAAGGAAAGAGAUGACAAGUACAAGAAAUCCACUGAUGUUUCGGACAAAGGCAAAGGAGCAUCAAACAAUGACAUUGACCCAAAUGCAAACGGGGAAGGCGAUGGAGACAGUAAGGGACGUAAGGGCCAUCCUGGUCCACUUAUACCAGACACAGUCAUUGAUCCCAAUGCGAAAAUGGGGACAGGAGAAACUGAGUACACUGAUGAGUCUGCUAAGUGUUCAGUGCGCACAAGACAAGGCCUUCUGCUGAAAGACAGUGUGAUUGAUCCCAAUGUGAAAAGUGGGACAGGAGAAACUGAAGAGUACAUUGAUGCGGCUGGCAUGCAUUCAGUGCGCACAAGGCAAGGCCCACUGCUGAAAGACACAGUGAUUGAUCCCAAUGGGCAAAGUGGUACAGGAGAAACGGAGGAGUACACUGAUGCAUCUGGCAAGCGUUCAGAGCGCACAAGGCAAGGCCCACUGCUGAAGGACACAGUGAUUGAUCCCAAUGCUCAAAGUGGUACAGAAGAAACUGAGCAGUACACUGAUGUGUCUGGCAAGCGUUCAGAGCGCACAAGGCAAGGCCCACUGCUGAAGGACACAGUGAUUGAUCCAGGAGUUCAGUUCGUAAGCGGGUUGUCAAAUGUCCAUGCCCUCAUUGGCCAGCCUGCAGAACUGAUGUGUAAGCUGAGCAAUGAUAAUUGUGAAGGGACCUGGUACAGAGAUAGCAAGAAGUUGACAGCAGAUGAUGGACACAUAAUGUCCAGAGAUGGUGCAAACCACAAGCUGGUCAUCAACCGUUGUCAGGAGGAAGACUCUGGAAAAUACCGCUUUGAGGCAGACGGGCGUAAAACUGAGGCAAUGCUGAAUGUGGAAGACCCUCCCAGGUUUGACCCUGAUGAUCUGUCUGCGUUCUCUCAGCCGGUCAUAGUCAAAGUGGGGAAUAGCACCACUUUCAAACUGCCCUUUGUGGGCCGCGAGCCCAUGAAGAUCCAGUGGUACAGAAAUGGAGAGGAGCUCCUGGACGAUAACACCACCAAGAUAGAGAAGUCCUUCACCCAAAGCCGCCUGCUCCUCAGCAAGUGCCAGCGCAAAGACACUGGAGAGAUCAAGAUCAAGCUCAAGAACGAACAUGGUACCAUGGAGGCUAUCUCAAGACUCAUUGUCCUCGACAAACCCACUGCGCCCCAGGGCCCUGUGGAGGUCCUCGAAAGCACAGCCUCUUGUAUUCAUAUCAAAUGGAGAGCUCCAAAGGACGACGGUGGCUGCCCAGUAAUAAACUACAACCUGGAGCGCCAGCAAGUUGGCCGCAACACUUGGAAGAAGCUGGGGGACAUCCCUGGCGUGCCUGAAUACAAGGAUAACGACGUGGAACACGGCAGGAAGUAUUGCUAUCGUAUCAGGGUGGUCACCGAGGAGGGCGUUAGUGAGAUGAUGGAGACUGAUGACCUCACGGCUGGCACCUUGGCCUUUCCUAGCAGCCCUGCCCCACCAAAAGUGGCUAGUGCUUUUAACAACUGCAUCAACCUGACAUGGUCUACCCCGACCGACACUGGCGGGUCUCGCAUCCUGGGCUACAACUUGGAAAAACGCAAGAAGGGGAGUAAUCUUUGGAGUCCUGUCAACCCUACAGAUGAGCCUAUCCAAGAAAAGAAACGUGCAGUGACAGAUGUUGUAGCAGGGAACGAAUACGAGUUCAGAGUUUAUGCUAUCAAUAUCUCUGGACUCAGCGAGCCCAGUUCCCCUUCAGAGUUUAUUUUCGCAAAAGACCCAAAGAAUCCCCCAGGGAAAGUGGAAGAUCUGAAGGUGGCAGACACAUCCUACACCGCCCUCUCCCUGUCCUGGAACAAACCCACAGAGGAAGUGGGGGUCCAGGAUGAGGCCAAAGGGUAUUUUAUAGAGGUCAGGCAGGCUGAGUGCAUAGACUGGACCCGCUGUAACAUCACCCCCAUCAUCUUGACCACCUUCACUGUGAAAAGCCUGAAGGCCAUGGCCAUGUACUGGAUCAGGGUGAUCGCUAUCAAUGACGGAGGAGAAGGAGUGCCCCAGGAUCUGGACAACUACAUCCUGGCCAUGCCUCCACCUGUGAGACCAUGCUUCACCGAUAAUAAGAUGAAGAGUUUCAUGGUGGUGAGAGCUGGAAAUUCUGCCAGGAUCCUCUUAAACUUUGAGGCAUCCCCAUGGCCAGAAGUCAUGUGGCUGAAGGACGAUGUUCCUUUGCUGAAGCGGGUCAAUAUCUCCAACUCUGAAUCGUCAUCUCAACUUCUGAUCACUUCCUCUGAGCGCUCUGAUUCAGGGAUCUACACCAUAGUGGUCAAAAAUCUAGUGGGCCAGGAGAGCUUCAGCGUGGAGGUCAGGGUUACAGAUGAUCCCAAGCCUCCAGGACCAGUAGAACUUGAGGAGAACGUCCCAGGCACUGUGACUGUGAUUUGGGAGCCAUCCCCUGAUGAGAAGCGUGACGACCACCUUCACUACUCUGUGUCUAAACGGGACUCCACCAAAGGCUCAUGGAGCAUGGUGGCCGACCGGCUCUUCAACAACAAGUUCACGGCUUGUAACAUUAUGCCUGGCAGGGAGUACCACUUCAGGGUCUACGCCAAGAAUGACAUGGGCAUGUCUGCUCCGUCUGAGUCUCCCACUUGGGGAAGCGAGAGGAGGAAAGACACAUUUGUGGUAAACAUGCCAGCCUACAAAACGUGUGAUUUGCGGACCGCUCCAGCCUUCCUUGUGCCACUGAGACAGCACACAGCACCCAAAGGCUACGAGUGCUAUAUGAGCUGUGCCAUAAAGGGAAAUCCCAAGCCUCGCGUCACUUGGUACCGCAACAACAUCAGCCUCAACACUAACACCAACUACUUGAUCACAAACAUCUGUGGUGUCUGCUCCUUGCUGAUACUCCGUGUGACCCCCAAAGACUGGGGCGAGUACAGCAUCCAAAUAGAAAGUUCCCUGGGGAGGGCCGAGUCCUCCACCAAACUCACAGUCAGAGAAUGAAGAAACAUUUUACAGUGCUUCAGUAUGUAGAGGCGUUAUUAUGUAUCAAGGUGGAAAAUGUCAAUUUUGUUAUAUGAUUGAAUUAAGUUAUUUUCCAAAAUGCAUGACUGUACUGCUUGUAAGACAUGCACUGUGUUUGUUAAGGCUAGUAAGUAAAAAUGACAAGAGUGAUCGUUUUUGAUCAUUAUGUUUGAUGUGGAUAUUUCACAACCUAAAAGGACCCGAAUCGAGAUGACAUUGACCCAUCCUGGGAGUUGGGGUUUCCUAGACUUAAAUUAAUUCUGAUCCUAAAUCACUUUAUUACCAAAACCCUCUCCAAUUUUGUUGCAAUGUUAAACAUACUAAUUUCAUGCUGAAUAAUGUUGACAUUCCGAAUAAAAACAUACUAGAAAGUGACCGAAAGUGUACACACACACACACACAUACAGAAAGUGUUGUGUAAAGCCUGUGGAAGGGAUGGCAAUAGACAUGAAUGCAGUGGACAGUUUACUGUAGGUCCCAUGAAAUACUAAAUAUGACCACAGAAAAUAACUGAGCUGUGCUGUCAAUUAUUUUGAGAACUCAACUAUGUCACUUGUAACAUGCAAUGCAAAUAAAGGGUUUGGCAAA